AUGAAGGCCUCCCUCUCAGCGGCAACAGCCAUCCUGCCCGUUCUCGCGGCGGCGGCGCCCUCGUGCCCCAAAGUCUGCUCCACCAAGCCCGCGGCCUUCUUCCUCGCCGGCGACUCGACGACGGCGGUGCAGUCCGAGGGCGGCGGCGGCUGGGGCAACGGCUUCCUCUCCUUCCUCGUGCCUCCGGCGACGGGGGCCAACUACGGGCGCAACGGGCGCACGACGGUCGACUUUGUCUCGGGCGGCCACUGGGACCUCGUGACGGCGGCGGUGCGCGCGCACGCGGCCGACUUUGACGUGUACGUCACGCUCCAGUUCGGGCACAACGACCAGAAGCCGGCCAAGAACAUCACGCUCGACAUGUACCAGGAGAACCUCGGCGCGCUGGCGGGCGAGAUCAGGGCGCUCGGCGCGACGCCCAUUCUCGUGACGCCGCUGUCGAGGCGCAAUUUCAGGGGCGCCGUCACGGACGACAGCCUGCGGAACGAGAGGGUGAGGACCAUUGCUGCGGCCGAGGCGACGAGGACGCGGUUCAUCGACCUCUAUCAGAACAGCAAGGCGCUUGUGGAGGCCGUGGGCGAGCAGCGGUCGCAUGAUGAGUGGAAUCUCAAGGAGGGCGACAAUACGCAUCUCAAUGACUGGGGCAGCGUCGUGUUUGGACGGCUCGUGGCGGACCUCAUCUUGGAGAAGGAGGCGUGUUUGGAGAGCUGGAUUGGAAAAAACGAGACGUUGAGUGAUUGGAUCUGGAGCGAGAUCCAGGGCUAA